AUCGUUCAAAGUAUUCAGAACUGACUCACAUUACCUACAAAUCACAUCACAAUCUUCAUAAAUAAUAAACAAACGUAAAGAAACGAUAAAAGCCAUCAUGUUUCUGAACUUAGUAAGUAAGGUUCUCUUUACUGGCGCGCAGCAAAAAAUACAAAAAAUAAAUUUUAAUGAAACCAACGACAAUCAGAAGCACCGAGCGCCGAAUACAAAAGUGACAAUGCGCUCAAUCAAUUUAAAUCUAAGAAAUGGACUCAAAAAUUGUCACAUCGUGAAGAAGUCUCCACCCUUGGAUACAGUCCAAGUUGUUUCAAAAAUUGAGGGCAGGCUAAGCGAUGGCAUUAUCAAAUUAACGAAUCCAACAAUGAUCCAGAUGGGUGAAGCCAUACAAACCGCAAAACUUACUGGCAAACGUAUUUUAAUCAGUGAGAAAGACUUAAGCACAGAUGAUGGUAAACUGCCGCUAACUUUCGUUGCUCAAUCCCAGUACAAAACCAACAUGAGUCGCUUCUUGGGAAGUUUUAGGACUAAACAAUUGCAUAAGCCCCAUUUGCACAAACACAAAUUUGUACAGGAAAAGAAGAAUGCUCAGAAACCAAAACUUGACCACGAGAUUCAUGUUUUCACGGCUGAAUCUCGAGAAUUAAUGCGCCGUUCAAUCUCUACCGAUGACGUCCACAAUAAAAAGCGAUCAUUGGAUGUGCCAGAGCUAUCAGUGAUGCGGGUAUGUUCAGAGAAUCGGGUGAUAUCUAUCCGUGAAAUUGACAGUGACGAAAGUGACUGCGAAUCAUUGACUGAAUCAGUGGACUCAAUAAAGGAUAUGUCGGCUUUUAAGCCCAUCGACAACAUGCGGCUUGAGCUUAUUUCACCUGUUAAAUAUUUGACAGCCUCUGCUAAGCCACUAGAAUUGAAUCCACCACAAACUGCGCUGCUAUGUUAUAUGAUUGAUUUCGCUCACUUGGUUUUCGUGAUUGCCUGUCUUCGCGGAAUAUUUUAGGCAAAAUUUCAUGAUUCCUAAUGGGUAAUGGGAUCCAUUUAGUUGUGAAUUCCAAAAUCUAGCUCGCUUCUCAAGUAAUACAAAAUGUUUAUGUAUUUGGUAAAAAAAUUCUUAAGGUUCCCAGCCCCAUCUAUUUG